AUGGUUGCGUUGGGUGGCAUUAUUUGCAUCUCUCUGCUGGUUGUUAUUUCUACGGCCCAACAAAAACAGAAUGAAAAGCCUCAAGCCAAUACGGUGGGUGAACCCUCUGCCCGACCAUCAAAUUCCAUAGGAGCUGAGGACUUUGGUCUGGGUUUUUUACGACGCAUUUCAUAUCUAUCGAAAAAGGAUAACUCCAAUUUUAUAAUAUCACCCUUAUCGAUAUGGUCGUUGCUUUAUCUACUGUAUGAGGGUGCCGAUGGAUCAACAUAUCAACAAAUGCGUCAGGCACUUCGCAUCGGUGUGGAUGAUGAGCAAUUAAGAUCAACUAAUCGCUUAUGGAGUUCACAUUUGAACGUCAGCAGCUCCACAAUUGAGAUUGCCUCUCUGUUGGCUGUCUACACAGAUAAAAAUAUCGAAAUCAAUAGCAAUUAUCGUGAUGUGGUUAAGGCUUAUCAGGUGCAGCCAGUGGAUUUUUUCAGUUCCGAUUCUGUGAUGCGGAUCAAUGAAGACAUCAAAAAGAGUACACGAGGUCUAAUAAGUGAUGCAGUCCACGAACAGAAUAUAUAUGGAGCCAAAAUGUUUCUACUCUCUUCACUGUAUUUCAAGGGUCUCUGGAAGUUUCCUUUUGAUGAGUCGCUAACAUAUUUGGACUCUUUUUUCAAUGAGGAUGGUGAAGUUAUCGGCCAAGUACCCAUGAUGACUCAUACUGCCAAUUUUGCCUUUGCUACCAAAAUUGAUGGUUUAGAUGGUUAUGUUUUGGAAUUGCCUUAUGGCGAGAACGAUAGCCAUUCCAUGAUUAUAAUUCUACCCAGGCCAGGAAUCAAACUAUAUAAAAUAACUAAAAAUCUCAAGACAAUUGGUCUCUCACCCAUAAUGGAAAAAUUAAAAAAUGCUAAUAGUAAUAUGGCAGAGAUUGUAAUACCCAAAUUUACCACCACCACCAACAUCGACUUGAAGACUGUGCUCAUGAGUAUGGGCAUUCGGGAUCUAUUUGAUGAGAAUCGAGCCAAUCUUAGUCGCAUGGCCAGAGAUCUGUUUGUCAAAACCUGCGUUCACUCCACCACAAUUAUUGUCGAUGAGAAGGGCACUGCGGCAGCUGCUUUUAGUGCGGCAACACUCAGUAAUAAGGCGGCACCACCGAAAUUUAUGAUCAACAAGCCUUUCCAAUAUCUUAUUGUGGAAAAGUCAAGUAAUCUGUUGCUCUUUGCUGGUCAAGUUCAGAAUCCCUUAAAGUCCUAAAAUUCUGAGAUUGUAAAUAAUUGAAAUGGCUUCGAUUAAACAAAAAAGUAGUUAAACAA